AUGAAUUUGCAUAAAUCUCUCGUUUAUUCCCAUUCACUCUAUCUCUUUCUCUUUCGCUUGUUCGCAUUCUAUCUCUUUCUUUUCGCUUCUUUUCAUUCUCUUCUCCUCUCUCUCUCUCUCUCUCUCUCUCUCUCUGUCGCUUGUUCCCUUUCUCUCUCUUUUCCUUUUGCUUUCGCUUCUUUCCAUUCUAUCGCUUUCACUUCCGUUUUUUUCAUUAUCUAUCUCGCUAUCUCACUCUAUCUCUCUCUCGCUUAUUUCCAUUUUAUCUCUUUCUCUUUCGCUUCUUUUCAUUCUCGCGCUUUCCAUCACUCUCUCUCUCUUUCGCUCUCUCUUUCUCUCUCUUGUUCCCAUUCUCUCUAUAUCUUUCUCUUUCGCUUAUUUCCAUUUCUCUCUCUCUCUCUCUCUCUCUCUCUCUCUCUCUCUCUCGCUUGUUCCUAUUUCUUCUAUCUUGUAGUCUUCUCAUUUUUUUCUCUCCUUCCUCGGUUGUUCCAAUUCUGUUUCUCUCUCUCUCUCUCUCUCUCUCUCUUUCACGCUUUCCUAUUCUCUCUGUCUCUCUUAAUCUCUUUCUCUCCAUCACGCUUGUUUCCAUUCUCUCUCUCCCUCUCCUGUUCUUAUUUUCUCUCUCGCUUAUUCCUAUUCGCUCUCUCCCUCCUCUUUCUCUCUCUCUUUCUCUCUCUCUCUCUCUCUAUAUAUAUAUAUAUAUAUAUACUCUCUCUCAUAUAUAUAUAUAUAUAUAUAUAUAUAUAUCACUUGCUUUCUCCUGUUCUCUCUUUCCCGCUUUCUCUUGUUCCUGCUCUCGCUUCUUUUCAUUGUCUCUCACUCUUGCUUCUCAUAAUUCUUUCUCUCUCUCUCUCUCUUUCAUUCUUUCUCUCUCUCUCUCGUUUGUUCUUAUUCUGUAUGUCUUUUUUUUUCAUCCUCUCACUUUCUCUCUCUCUCUCACUCUCUUUUUUUCUUUCUCUCUUUUUCUCUCUUGUACCCAUACUCUCAUUCUAUCUAUCUAUCUAUCUAUCUAUCUAUCUAUCUAUCUAUCUAUCUAUCUAUCUAUCUAUCUAUCACUAUUUCUCUUCCCUACCAUUGAAGGCAUCAGUAUUAAACAGUCAACCUCCGACAUUGAAGUCUACUUGA